AAAGAAAACAACUCUACCAACCAAAAAGAAAAACACUACUGUGUAUUCAAAUAAUUCUAUAUCCCACUUUAUUCUAAACCAUCAAGUGCGCAAGAGAUAGAUCUCUCUACAAUCCACCAUAUCAAACAUACAAAAAUAAAAAAAAUUCUUUCACACAAAAAAAAAAAAGUAGAACAGAAAAAGAAAAAUAAGCAAGAGAUGACCAGUGAAACACACAGCUAAAGUGGUGGAGUGCAAGUGCAAGUAGUUUUUUUAUUUUUUUUUUUUGUAUAAGAUUUUCUGAUUUAACUUCAAAUCAAAACUAGAAAAAGAAGAAAAAAAUAAAUCUCUCUCUCAUAUAACAGUUACAAUACGAAACGAUACAAAAAAAAGUACUAAAAUAAGAAAAAUAUAUGAAAUUUUUCUCUCUAACCAGAGAAAAAAAAAAACACGCAGAAAAAUAUUAUUUUAUUUUUUUCCGUCGUCGUCGUCGUCGUUGGGUCCCGUUCGUUCUCUCCUCAUCGUCGUUGUCGUAGUUAUUAUUUGUCGUCGUCGUUCUCAUUCUAUGUCUUGAUAUGUGUUGGCCUCUGCUGGUUAUCGACUCGACAAAAACUCUAACCAAGAGCAGAGCAGCAGCAGCUCAACAACAGCAGCUCCCCCUGGCUUAACCAACAACCAAGUUGUGUGUGUCAUUAGUUUUGUGUGUCAAAUCGAGAAAAAUAUAUUUAUUACUUUUUUUUUUGUUGAGCGAGAAAAACUAACAAAAAAAAAACGACAUAAUUUAUCCCCAAAAGAAAAUCACGAAAAAAGACCAGCCUCCAAAAAAAAAAGACAAAAAAAAACGACGACAAUUUCGGGGGGCGACACAGUGAGUGUGAACUAUAAGCGUAAAAACGAUAAAAUUAAGUUAAAAACAAAAAUAGGCUCGAAAAAUAAGAAAGAAAAAUCCCAAAAACAACCGAGAAAUCGAAAAUAAUAAAAAAAAAAGAAAAGUAAUAGAAUAGAAAAAAAAGGAAAGAAGGCGACAUUUUCAUUUGUCGUUGCUUGUGCCUUUUCUGCUAGGCGCUGGGCUGCUCUGCGGCAGCAUUUUUUGUUGAAUGUAAAAAAAAAGGAAGAAAAUCAAAAACGUCGACCGAGCAAGGAAAAUAGGACACGCAAGAGCGUGUAACAAAGCUCACUAAAACUAGCUUGCCACUCUAAAAUUGGGGAAAAAGGGAAAACAUAAAACAUAAUCAUUAUUUUAUUGACAUUAUGGCAAAUCCGCGCAAAUUUAGCGAGAAAAUUGCUUUGCAAAAACAAAAGCAAGCCGAAGGCACGGCGGAAUUUGAGAAAAUAAUGAAAGAAGUUUAUGCAACAAGAAGGGACGAACCAUUGUCCACUUCUCAGCAACGAAUAGAUUGUUGUUUAAGUCCUGACCAACAACAGCAGGCUGGUGGAAGUGUGACUAACACUUCUGUUGGUGGAAUUCCUAUCCCGGGUAGUGGGGGAGGGGGUGGCAAUGGGAAUAGUGGAAGUGGUUCACCAACUGCUUACCGGGAAUCCCGUGGUCGUAGUGUUGGAGUGGGUCCAAUGCGGCGACCCUCCGAUCGAAAGACAGAUCGUUCCCCAUAUAGCAACCAAGGGGGAAUCUAUUUAUCCCCUCCUUCGAUGGAUAACAAUUGGCGUCGUUCCAAUUCAGACUCUGCCAUUCAUCAGAGUUUGAUAUUGGGUCCAGAAAAUCCUAUCUAUGGCACUUCACCACAACAACAACAACAUUAUAUGCAACAACAGCAAUAUCAUCCGAAUCAGAGAUCUCAUUCCCCUGCCGCCUCUGUCGGUUUAAGUCCGACUGCACAAAGGAGAAAAGCACAGCAUAUGGUGGCGCAACAGCACUCGCACAGUAGUAGUAAUUUGCAACAAAUGCAAAUGAAUCACCACCCUAAUCAUCACCAACAACAAUCGCCGCACCACCCUAAUCACCAGCAACAACAACAACAAGUACAGAUGAAUCAUAGUAUGCAUCUACAUCAACAACAACAACAAAACUCGCUUGUCAAAUCACAAUUGCAAUUUAAUGCUUGUGGACCGACAAAUAGUGUUUAUAAGUCACUCCAAGAGCAAGCCAUGGCAAUGGCAAAUACAGGCUCAUUGCCUGACCUCACCUCUGUGCAUUUCUCGAAUGUGCCAUCGCCUUCAUCAUCAUCACAUCACCAGCAGCACAAUAAUAUGCGAAAUGAACGAGAACAAUCGCAAAGUCCGUUUAGUAGCAAUCAGCAAUCAUACCAGCAACAACAUCUGCAACAACAACAACAACACUCUCCUGGCGGUGGUGGAGGUGGAGGAGGAGGAGGAGGAGGUCAGCAGCAAACGCAUUUGUCAUUUACCAACCUCCCCGUGAUGGUAAAUCAACAACAACAACAACAAUCGUCAAAUAACAUAUCAUCCACAUUACACAGUUCAUAUGGAAAUUUACAAUCCACAACUUCUAACAGUGGAUCAAAUAAUGUAGCAACAAGUAGUAGCAACCUGACGGAAUAUAGAAAUCCACAACAUCAUAAUCCACCAUCGCCAGCGGGUUCAGCGAGUCCUGGUUUAAUGGUGGCAAAUUCACCUCAUGAUUUGCACAAUAGUGCACCAAAUAGUCCAAUUCGACACCAACAACAACAUCAGCAGCAGCAACAACAACAAUACAGCGACAAAAACAUUCAAACUUAUGAUAGAUUCUCACCGAGUGGUGAAUAUAGUAAUGGCAGUAAUAAUUUGAAUCCUUCGUUUCACAAUCACUUUGCGGAGUUCUCACUUGUGGAUACAGCGCAAAGUGAAUCACAAUACAUACCGACUAGUUUGCAGCAACAGGACUUACACUCACCGCACAAUAGUUACUCGCAAUCGUUGCAAUUUGACGACUCUCUAUUUGGCCAUCAUCAGCAAUUUAGUACUGAAAAUGGAAAUGGUAGUGGGGGGGUUAAAGUUGGAAGUGGUAGUACUACCACGGCAAGUGGAGGCGAUCCUUAUCUUAGUUUGAGUAAUCAAAAUUCACUUAAUAAUUGCAGUAGUAGUAAUUUGGGAGGACUCAGUGGCGGCAACACUGGCAAUGGAGGAGGAAAUAGUAAUAAUAACAAUUCAUCAUCGGGACAUACAACAACAGCAGCGGGGACAGCUAGUGCCAGUUGUUCGCCAUUGCAUAGUCCGCAUAGUCCGAAUCCACAGCAUAGUCCAAGUAAUAAUAACUCGAACUUAGUCAAUGACAUUGCAUCGUCAAUAGUACAGCAACAACAACAACAACAACAACAAAAGUCUAUUCAUACGAACGAUGGAGGAGGUGGCGGUGUCGGUGGCGGCGGAGUAGUUAACAAUAGCAGUUCCAACAUGCACAAUUCUACACCGACAUCAACAACACCCAAUAUCCCGUCGAUUGUGUUCUCUGAUUUUUCGUCCACAGACUACUCCAAGGAGAUUUUUGACACACUGGAUUUGGAUUUGGGUCAGAUGGAUCCGGCUGGUCUGCAAAUGCUUUCAGAUCCGAGUUCGAUGAUUGCAGAUCCAAAUAUUGAAGAUAGUUUUCGAAGAGAUCUUAAUUGAUGGGAUGGAGGAGGGAAAGAGAUAGAGAUAGAUGAAGGUGAGUUAGUUUUAGUUAAAUUGUCGUCGCCGUCAUUAAUGUUGUUGUCGCAAACAAAAAAUAGAAGAAAAAAAGGCAAAAAAAGGUUUAAGAAGCGCUAAGUUGCAAGCAAUUAUUAGUCUUUAAGCUAAAACAAACAAAACAAAAAAACAAGCGGGAACAUAAGAUAGAUAAGAGAAAACAAAAAUAUUAAAAAAAAGAAAAUACAAAAAACUGAGGGAUACGAUCGAUAAAAAAAAAGAGAUGAAAAUUAAAAAAAAAAACAUCAUCGCGCUACGCAGCACCAUAAAAAUAAAACAAUUUCAAAAAAAAAAAUUCAAACAAAACAAAAAAAAAACGAGAUAAAAGUUUCAAACUUUCUUAAAUUUAAGAUUUUAAUUAAAAAAAAAAAACUUAAAUAUACAUUUUUUUUUCUUAUUACAAAAUAAAAUUUUUUCUUGAGAAUUAUUAUUAAAAUAAAAACAAAAAAUUAAAAAUAAAUAAAAAAAAAAAAAAUAAGAAAUGAGGUCAUUUGACAAACAAUUUUAAAUUAGUUAUGCAAGGAAAUAAGUAAAUUUUAAUUAAAAAUAAAUAAAUAAAUAAAAAAACAAAUGAACAUAUAUAAAAACGAGUCCAAGACGCGAACUGGAGGAGCUUUAUUUUUUUCUAAAAAAGAAUAUUGCUCCCUGGGAGAUAGAUUAACAAAAAAAAAAAAAAGAUAAAGAAACCUAUUAUGAACUUAAAAAUCAA